AUGCUUCUCUUAGAUUACCAGAAUGCUUUGAUCCAGUCACUCCUUACGGAGCGCUUUUCUGGAGCACCCCCAACCUCCAUUGACCAAGUGGUUUCCGACUUCGACGGUGUGACAUUUCACCUUUCUACCCCCGAGUCUAAGACCAAGAUUCUCAUCUCGAUCAAUGUGAAAUGCUACAAGGAACUGGUCCAGUAUGGAGCUCAGGAGGUGUUGGAGAGAGAAUACGGUCCUUAUAUUGUAUCUCCGGAGCCUGGCUAUGAUUUCUCGGUACAAAUCGAUCUUGAAAACCUGCCCGCAGAGGAGGAGGCCCGAAAUGACCUGAUUAUGAACCUUGCCCUCCUGAAACGGAAUGCAAUGGCUGCUCCCUUUGAGAAAGCAUUCGACGAAUUCAACAAGCUCGCCGAGGAGGCUUCCAGGUACACCUCAGAGUCAGCACCACAGGGUAUCCAGGAGGGCGGUGAAGUUAUGGCUAUUCACUACCGUGAAGAGGAGGCCAUCUAUAUCAAGGCCAACUGGGACCGAGUCACAGUGAUCUUCAGCACCGUAUUCCGCGAGGAGACAGACCGGAUCUUUGGCAAGGUCUUCCUGCAGGAAUUCGUCGACGCCCGGCGACGUGUCUUGACACUCCAGAACGCCCCCCAGGUCCUGUUCCGUAACGACCCUCCUCUUGAGCUUGCAAACGUUCCUGGUCUGAAUGCUACUGGAGGCGAAGUUAGCUAUGUCACCUUCGUUCUUUUCCCUCGACACCUGACCCCGCAGCGUCGUUAUGAAAACAUCUCUCACAUCCAGACCUUCCGUGAUUAUUUCCACUACCACAUCAAAGCCUCAAAGGCCUACAUCCACACUCGAAUGAGGAAGCGGACAGCGGAUUUCCUCCAGGUGCUCAACCGAGCCCGGCCAGAGAAUGAAGAACGUGAACGCAAGACUGCUAGUGGUCAUUUUCAGCCUCUGAAGCACCCGGCUGGGGAAACAUCAGCCUUACAGAUGAGGCCCCACAAGCACCAGGUGAUGAUGUCCGGUAUCCUUGCUUCACUUCGUUGA